AUGAAGUCUCUAACACCCCUUUUCUUCGCAUUCACAGCAACAUAUGUCCAAGCUCUGACAAACUACCCAGAGUUUCAAUAUCGAGUGGGCUAUAUAGAACCUACAAUCGAACAAUACAAUGCAACAGAUGAUACAUUAAUGGUCGACGAUGAAGGGAACCCCGUACUAGCAGACUUUGAAUUCCAAUAUGCAAACCUCUAUGGUGGGCAUUCUUGCAUCUCCGUUUUCCCAGGUGCCAACUCGUUGAGUCUCAUCGACAUCCCUCUGCAACUAGAGAGAUUAAUCGGUCCCGAUCGUAAAGUCGGAAUGGACCGACUAUUCGGAUGGGUUAUGUAUCCUGGAAGUAAUUCAUGCAACCUGGAUUUAAAAGAAGAAGACCGGGGGAAAGCGGAAAGAGUAUUGUUGAGUCUUGAUCAAGCAAAGUACGGGUACGCACAGAUAAAUGAAGACCAGGAAGAUUUCCGCGAGUUCCCACUGGUUCCUGGAAGAAAUGGUUAUGAUCAGCCCCCCAGCUUUCGACUUUUUAUUAAUCCGGAGCUAUUCAACCCGGGCCCGGGCGUUGAAUCGUUUAUCGACCUACCUUUCUCUUCCGUAGGGAAGAAUGCUGCCAUCCCGAAAGAACGCUUCAAAUCAAACAGGGCUGAUUGGUCGGAUGUCAAAAUUGGCGAUGACGAUGGUUUGAAUCCGGAUAACCGAGUAGUGCGACAAUACGCCCCGUUCGGUUUCGCAGUAACUCAGCCCGGGGAAGAGAUCGAUAGAAUAAUAGCACCCAAAAGACGUAUACGACCCGGAAAUCCCGGUUACAGUAACGAUAUCAAUGACUACAGGCCCUAUCCUGACCUCUACCCUAUGCCGGAUAAUCGAACACCGAUGGAAGUCUUCAGACCAAUCAUCAUGUUGGCUCGACUGGGCGAUGAUCUAGAUUCGGGGCGUGUUACUAUGGAGGAAUUAGAAUUAAUCGAACCUGAAGUAGAUGCUUUUGCAGAAGCGUUCAUGGGGCUGCCUUUUUCUACGGAUCCAGAUGCAGAACACUUGAUCCCUGCCCGUUAUGACUGGCCACCUUUGAGUACGCUCAGUUAUCUCAGCGAAACCCCAGGAUUGAUAGUCCCAGACCUCAUACCGAAUCUAUUGACCUUCUACUCGGAAAAUGGUCACAUAUUGUCAGAAGCCAUCAAAAUCGCUCAAACACUUAACCCUAAUAUCGAAGCAUGGCUUGAGGGGCAGCAAGCCAAUGUUUUAGGGGAUUGGGGGGCUGAGUCUUCACCUCAACUCAAAGCCGAGAAAUGGCUCUAUGAUCUCGAGGAAGGUACUUGGGAGGAUACAGGUUCGAUGAAUACCAUACCCGAUAGGCCUACUAGAAAGCCUCAGCUCGAAAAUGCGGAAGCGAUUUUUGACUUCGGCGAAGACGUUAGAGUUCAAGAGCCCAGUGCUGAAAAUGAUCUCAACGAGAGUAUCGAUUUUCGACCGAAGAGAGCCAUUGAUCGGAUGAGUGAAUUUGACCUCGACGAAGAAGCUGUUAUUGCAUCAACCCUACCGAAUAAUGAGAUUGACGUCAAUCUCGGUGAAAGACCUGAUGAGCUCUUGGAUAUCAAUAGGGGCGAGGUGGUUAAUUCCGGCCCUAUCUACAGUAACUUAGGAAGUCGAGUGCUACAAGAUGAAGGCCAAUUAGAACAAGAAAAUAGAGCAGCCGUUCGGGAAUUCCCCAAUGAUAUAAUACCAGCUGGACGAGAAGAGGCAGUCGAAGAACUUCAGAGGCAGAUUCUCGACCAGUCCGUACUCCAGCCGAACCUUGGGCCGCUAAACCGGAUCGCAGAAGUCGACGAGAGUGAAGUGCGCAGCCAAGGAGCACAAUCACUUGCGAACCCCAACAUGGAGAGUAUGGAACUUGGAAGUUUUGAUCAACUGAGCCAAUCCCAGCAACUACUUCUGGGCAAUGCUCUACAGGCUGGGGACCUAACUUCUGUUCUCGGUGAGCUUUAUGCAGGCGACCGCCAACCGAGGUGGCUUGGUAAGGUUCGAAUGGGAGGCCGCAAGAGGAGCCCUGGGCCCGGAUAG